AUGGCGUCAGGGUCAUCUGACUCCAGGGGCGUGGUGAACGUUCACGCGUGGCAGGAUGACGUGGACGAGGACACGGCGUUCCAGCUGGCGCUCUCUGAGUCGAUGCACACGGCCAGCACUGCCAGCUCUGCCCGAGCCGAUGCCCCUGGUCAUUCUGGUGCCGCUGCUGCUGCCCAGGGCAUGAGCAGAGGGGAGGAGGGAGCAGACGGGUUUAUUCUCACCCGCUCCUCCUCCGAGCCUCAGUCCAGAUCCGGCCGCUCUCGCUCCUCAUCUUCCUCUUCCGCUGCUGGUGUUGGUGCUGCUGCCUCUGAUGCAUUCACUGCUUCCCAUCGCUCCUCGAGGUCCGUUUCAGCCUCUACUGACCGGCACCCCUUUGCCCCACCUGCUGCCCCCAUCCCCUCUUCCUCUGGUGCUGCCGGCACUUCUUCUGGCGCUGCUUCUGGCUCAGCAGCUGGCUCAGCUGGCACAGCAGGUACAGCAGGUACAGCAGGCACUGCUGCUGCAGCAGGGGUGGAAGGGGGUAGAAUGCGCGACGAGAUUGCGAAUCAGUUCUCAUCUGUGGCACCGGCAUUCAACCGAGCAGCAGCAGCCGUCUCGUCGCUCUUUGCCUCCGGCCCACCGUCAGCACCCCCUGUGCAACCACCCAACUCCCAUCCCCAUACACCUGCCAACGUCCCAUCCCCUGCUGCUGCAGCGUCGGUAGCUAUUCCUGUUGAUUUGGGCGGCAGCAGUGGCGGAGAUUUGGGCGGCGGCAGUGGCGGAGAUUUGGGCGGCGGCAGUGGCGGAGAUUUGGGCGACGGCAGUGGCGGAGAUUUGGGCGGCGGCAGUGGCGGAGAUUUGGGCGGCGGCAGUGGCGGAGACCUGGGCGGCGGCAGUGGCGGAGACCUGGGCGGCGGAAGUGGCGGAGACCUGGGCGGCGGCAGUGGCGGAGACCUGGGCGGCGGCAGUGGCGGAGACCUGGGCGGCGGCGGCAAUGACGGACAGCAGGGCGGACCCGGCGGAGAGCAGGGCGGACCCGGCGGCCAGCAGGGCGGACCCGGCGGCCAGCAGGGCGGACCCGGCGGACAGCAGGGCGGCCAGCAGGGCGGACAGGGCGGACCACCGCAGGGAGGUCAGCAGGGCGGAGAGCAGGGCGGACAGCAAGGCGGACGUGGCGGACCGCCGCAGCAGGGCGGGCAGCAGGGCGGACAGCAGGGCGGACAGCAGGGCGGACAGCAGAGCGGAUUUGGCGGACAGCAGGGCGGACAGCAGGGCGGACAGCAAGGCGGACAGCAGGGCGGACAGCAGGGCGGACAGCAGGGACCGCCGCAAGGCUUUACUGGCGGACAGCAGAGCGGACAGCAGGGCGGAUCUGGCGGACCGCCGCAGCAGGGCGGACAGCAAGGCGGACGGGGCGGACCCCCGCAGCAAAGCGGACAGCAGGGCGGACAGCAGGGCGGACAGGGCGGACCGCCUCAGGGCGGAGAGCAAGGCGGAUCCGGUGGACAGCAGGGCGGACAGAAGGGGGGAGCUGGCGGGGAUCAGGGGGGUGCUGGCGGGGAUCAGGGUGGAGCAAGCAGUUCAAGCGUCGCCACUACUCAGAGUGUGAAAGGCAGUGCGAUCAAUACAACAGGUGGCAAGGGUGGAAAGGGAGGGAAGGGCGGCAAGGGCGGAAAGGGAGGAAAGGGUGGCAAGGGUGGCAAGGGAGGAAAGAAGUGA